GAUUCGAACUUCCCAUCACUAGCCGGAAGAGCUAGUAGGCUAACUAUUCUUCAAUUUAACGACCAAGACAACCAAAGAAUUAAAAAUUGGCGCACUUUCAUUUCAUUGGCUAAUUAUGUUAUCAGAUACACCAACCAUGGAUGAGUGUUCACACGUGACCAAGCACUUCUACAAUCGGAUUGGCCAAAAUCUCACCGCCUGAAAAUUUGGUUGUCCAAAUGGUAAGAGUUAACUUCUUUUGGGUAAUAUUGUUCUUUUUUCUUAUAGAAAGUAUUUUUUAUUACUUGCAUGUGAAGUAAAAUCAUUAUCAAUUUACUAUUCAGCAUCAACAUGUUUGAUCCAGCACAUUCAGUGCAUCGUCCCUCACCUGGCAUUGGGAGCAGUACGCUGGGUACCAUGCAUUUUACCCGGGCAAAGGCACGGAGGGCAAAUGCCCAGAGCGAAGAUGGAGGCGAAUCCACGAACAAAAGUGCUGGUAAGAUGGACAGUCUCAAGCCUGUUAAACAACACAUUCUGUGGAAAAACAAGGCUGAGAUGCUCCAGUCUCGGGUGGAUGAGCUGCAGGAGGAAAAUGACUUGCUGAGGAAGCAACUUGAAGAGAGGUCUGCACGAGAACAAGAUGGGAACAUUGAGAUAAUGGCCACUGGAGAUGAGGGGCCACCGGCCAUGAUGGUGAACACCAGCACUGACACUAGCACUGAUUCAAGCUCUGACUCCAGCAGUGACUCCAGCUCCAGCUCUACCUCUGACUCUUCAGAUAAGGAAAAGAAGAAAAAGAAGUAUAAAAAGAAGAAUGGCAAGAAGAGAAGCAAAAAAAGAAAGAAGGAAAACAAAAAGGCAAAGAGGUCAGGCGGAAAAGGAGAGCGAGUUGCCUCAAUCUCGGAUGUGGUGAAAAGAUAUCGGCGUGUCCUCAAACAUGUGCAAAGAGGCUUCCGGAUGACCACAGCUUUCAAGAAAGCUCGCGUUUCAAGAAAUGCCGUGAAAGACACGGCAGCAAUUGCCGAGAUUUACAUAGCUGACAAAAGUCUCCUAAGCCAGUUCAAGGGUAAAUACACACUUCUAAAACUAGCACAAAUUUGUCAGAAAAAAAUAGUUGGUGAGCUGGCAGAAAAGAUAAUUGAAAUGAAAAACAACAAACAGCUCAUCCCCUUUUCUGCCAAGAAAGACUGAAUGUAUGCAGGAUGUAACAGGAUGUUAGCAGGAUAUUUUUGUUUGUUUGUAAGAUUGUUAAACAGGCAAGUUUUAUUUUUUCAUAAUGUGAAAUGUUGGUGUGCUGAUGGUGAAGUUGCGUGACCCCUAUACGGUGACAUGGUGCUGCCAGUGCAGCAUGUUUAUUUUAUUGUUUUUCUUUUUGUUUUAUGAUCUGAUACCCUGGUGAACAAUGGGUUUGUGUUAACAUAUUGUUAAUAAAACAACGUUCUCUCA